AUGACGGCAGAGACUGUUUACUUUUGCCCACUUCAUGUAGCCCAAGCUGACAUGGUGUUCAGAUAUGACUUUUUAAGAAAAAUGUAUUAUUACCAAGGUGAUUUUCACAUUUCUGGAGUCACAUAUAAUAGCAGUUGUGAAACUACUGCUUCCCAAGCUAACACAGAAUUGAGCCAAGAUAUGGAGGCUAAGAUGUUAUCUGUGUUUCAGAAUUCUAGAAUAUUUAAAGAAUAUGUCAGCUCCCAGAUCAUCAAUUUUUUGCCUCAUCCAAAUGGGUCGAAGGUACAAUUACAUAUGACAUUCAAGUUCCCUCCAGGAAAGAGUCAGAGUAUGAGGAGUAAAAUCAGAGCUAUCUUACAUCAGAUGUUGAAAGACAACAUGGCAACCUGGAAAGCAGUUCCUACUUCCAUUAAAAUUAUCGAAAUCAGCAAGUUUAAGUCUGACAUGCUUGUCAACAACUGUUGUGGAAGACCAGUGGUCAACAGCAUUGCAACUGGCAACCGGGUUGUGAAUGGGAAAAAUGCUCAAGAAGGGGCAUGGCCAUGGAUGGCCAGCAUACAAUGGAGGGGCACACACUUCUGUGGAGCCUCACUGAUCAGCAGCAGGUGGUUACUGUCUGCUGCUCACUGCUUUGUUAAGAAAACAAGUUUAAAAGAUUGGACUGUCAACUUUGGACUUGUAGUAAAUAAACCAUAUAUUACACACAAAGUACGGAGGAUCAUUUUACAUGAACAUUUUAAAUCUGCUGGGGUUCACAAUGAUAUUGCACUUGUGGAACUGGCUAACGAAGUGUCUUUUACAAAGUAUAUUAGGAAGAUUUGCCUUCCUGAAGCCAGCAUGAAGCUCUCCGAACAGGACAAAGUUGUGGUAACAGGAUGGGGAGCACUUUCUAUGAAUGGUCCUCGACCAGUGAUACUCCAAGAAGCUCCUUUGAAGAUUAUUGACAAUGAAAUUUGCAAUGCCCCACAUGUGUUAUCUGGCUUGGUGCUAGACACCAUGCUAUGUGCUGGAUACUUGUCAGGAGAAGCUGAUGCCUGCCAGAAUGAUUCCGGUGGACCAUUAGCUUAUAUUGACUCCAGGAAAAUCUGGCACGUUGUUGGAAUCGUAAGCUGGGGUGAAGGAUGUGCUAAAAAGAAUAAACCAGGUGUCUAUACACGAGUGUCUUCUUAUCAUGAUUGGAUCAUCUCCAAGACUGGACUCUGAAAGAAAAGUAAUUAUGAAAUUGAAUAUCUUAUCUAUUGCAUCAAGAUCCUCUUUUUCUUUUAAAUGAUGGCAAAUGGAUCAUUUUCUUAUGUAACAAAAUACAAAUAUCUAUAUAUCAUUAUAUCAAGAGCACUAUUUGAUUAUUUAUCUAUUUAGCUAACUCAGAAGACAGAAAGAAAAGAAAUAAGGCCCAAACACUAUUUUUAGUAAUCAACUAGCUUUAAUUAAAUCUUAUAAUUAUGAUCAGAAUUAGUUUGUUUUUUUCAUAAUUAACAGGAAGUAAACAUUCUGUAAGUAUGAGAACAAGUAUGCAGGAUCUAUCAAAUAC